AAUACACCGGUGUUACCAAUGGCUAUCGUCAAGGCUUUCGAACUCCGUAACAAGAACAAGGCUGAACUCUUGAAGAUCCUUGAAGAGCAAAAGCAACAACUUGCUCACAUUCGCGUCCAAAAAGUCGCUGGUGGCCGUGUUCAAGAAAUUGGUGAAGCUCGCAAGAACGUUGCCCGUGUCUUGACUGUCAUCAACCAAACUCAACGUGAACAACUUCGUCUCUUUUACCAAAAGAAACGUUUCACUCCUCUUGAUCUCCGUGUCAAGAAGACCCGUGCUAUGCGUAGAGCUUUGACUCCUUUCGAAAAGUCCAAGAAGACUGUUCGUCAACAAAAGAAGGAAGCUCAUUUCCCUAUCCGCAAGUAUGCUGUCAAGGCUUAAAUAUGCUCUCAUUGCAUAUCAUAUGCUUGUACAAUAAAUCAUAAAAAAAAAAAGAGUUUAGCUAAAACUACACUAUUGAAUCAGA